AGCUUGGCCAACCCCCCAAAAAAGCAAAAAAAGUUCAAUCACUCCAACAAAUCGAAACCCCCUCAGCGUAAAGAGAAAAAAAGAUAACAAGGGAAAAGGGGAAAAGGAAAAAAAAUGUCAUACCUAACCCAAAUCACAAACCUAGCCGAAUAUGUCGCCUGCAUCAAAGCCACAGCCGGCAAAACCAUCCUCCUUGCCUACUGGCCCGAAGACUCUACCUCCAACGAAGUUGUCGCCGCACUGAAUAAGCUGCUGCCAGCGUCCAGCUACGCAGAGCACGAUGUGGUAGAUGUGUACUGCUUCGACAUGUAUUCGUUACCGGAGCUGGGCACCACACUGGAUAUCAGUUUUGUGCCGACGCUUAUGUGGUUUCAAGAUGGGGUCAUGGAUCCGAUUGUGUGGCAUGAGGGCGUGGCGAUUGAGGGGGAGAGCGUGGAGAAGGGGGUUAAGAGGGUGGUGGAUAGGGUUAAAGGGGGAGAUAUUGCGGGAGAGGAUAGUGAUGAUGAUUGGUAGGUUGGGGGUGACGGGUGCGGAUGACGGCGUUGGGGAGAGGAGGGGGAGCGUGGGGUUACGAUUUGUAUUCGUGGUGCUACUGAGGUCUGGGGACUGAGAGUACUGCUGAAGUUUUCGUUGUGCUCAAUGCUAGCUUCGAUUUGAUACUCGUCCUGGCACCUUCUUCAAAUCGCAUCUUGUCGGACGGCCCGUUUGGAACAGCUGGUUUCGACAAGCGUAACAUAAAGUCCAGCCUUCCGGUAGUCUCCAUUGCAGGACCUUUUUUUCCGAUGGCGCAAGGCGCAUUCACAUUAGCCUUGCAGGGGACUUGUUAGGGCUCCGAUGGCGAGGGAUCAAACAACCGUUAGAGUACAAACUGUGAAUUUUGGUCAUACAGCAUGAACAGUAGAAUACAUUUUCAUUAAACUAG